AUGGAGUCACUACGUCAAAUCAUCGCCUCCGAGGCAGGCCUCCCAGACAACUCCUACAUCUACAAGAUCAUUUCAACCGCUCCACGCCAAGACCCUCUCACAUACUCCGUAACCGACCAAAUAGCCACCAUCUCAUCCGAUGACUCUCUACGCUUCUACGCCGCAGACUUACGACCCGAUGGCGAGGUCUAUAGAGCAAAUGAAAGUAUAACGUGUCUACAGCGAGCAAACGAUGCGUCAAGCAACGUGGUCGCAACCGCAGGAAGAGAUGGCCUCAUCCGUUUCUGGGACAAACGAAGCAAGCAAAAAGCGCUCGAGAUGCAAAGCCCCCACAAACUAAUCUCCGCCCUAACCUGUUCCACAACCACCAACAUGCUCGCCGCCGGAAUCGAAAACCCAGAAGACGGACCAAACAGUUCCCCAGUCUACAUAUGGGACUCCCGCACCCCCACCACCCCCCUCCGCACCUACCCAGACUCCCACACCGACACCGUAACAACCCUCUCCCUGCACCCCUCCCACCCAUCCCUCCUCCUCUCCUCCAGCACAGAUGGCCUCAUCAACAUCUUCGACACCACGCAAGCCGACGAAGACGACGCCUUGUACCAAGUCAUCAACCACGGGUCUGCGAUUGCACACGCAGGCUUCAUGUUCCCCAGCACGGACAUCUACGCCAUUGGCACUGAUGAGACGGUUAGUUUUCACGCGCUGCAGAGCCAGGAGGAAGAGGUUGAGGAGCCGAGUCCAAGGGUUUGGGGGGAUGUAAGGGAGGGGGUUGGGUGCGACGAGGCCAAACUCUCCCUUAUCCCCGUAACAAAAGGCUCAAACGGUCCUUUGGAUUACUCUCUCGAUGCCGAGAGUGGAAUUCAGAUGGACGGGGCGCAUGGUGAGGAGAUUGUAAGAGAUUUUUUCACAGAUGUUCACACACAUGUAACCUACACCGUCGGAGAAGACGGCAUGAUCCGCGCUUGGAAAAACAGGGCGGCUGGGGAGGAGGGAUCGGGGAAGAAAAGAUUGAAGGAGAAGAAGGAUAAGGAGAAGGCGAGGUUUAAGCCUUAUUGA